CUUAGACUGCACACAUAGGUGCCCUAUUUAGGGCUACAAUAGCGUUUUAAACGAGCCCAUCUAGUGCCCUGUAAUUUGAUAAAGACACCAAUUUGGGAUACAGCCCUCCGAACUGUUGCCCCAGACAGACCAGCAUGGCGGGACCCGAGCUGCUGUUAGACUCCAGUAUCCGUGUGUGGGUCGUGCUGCCGAUUGUCUGCAUCACGUUUUUAGUUGGAGUUUUGCGGCAUUAUGUUACUAAACUCAUCCAGAGUGAAAAGAAGGUCGAGCUGCAGCAGGUGUCUGACAGCCAAGUAUUAAUGCGUAGCCGCGUACUGCGAGAGAACGGCAGGUUCCUCCCUAAGCAGUCGUUUGCCAUGCGUAAGCACUAUUUUAACAACGCUGAGACUGGGUUCUUCAAGAAGGUGAAGAGAAAAGUAGUUCCUAAAAAUCCCAUUACAGAUACCAGCAUGAUGACCGACAUGAUGAAAGGAAACCUGACCAACGUCCUGCCAAUGAUCCUAAUCGGCGGAUGGAUCAACUGGGCUUUCUCUGGAUUUGUGACUACUAAGGUUCCCUUCCCAUUGACCCUGAGGUUUAAACCCAUGCUGCAGAGGGGGAUUGAACUGGUGUCGCUGGACGCAUCAUGGGUCAGCUCCGCCUCCUGGUACUUUCUCAACGUGUUUGGCCUGCGGAGCAUGUACUCCCUCAUACUCGGACAGGACAACGCUGCCGAUCAGGCGAGAAUCAUGCAGGAACAGAUGACUGGAGCGGCGAUGGCCAUGCCCCCGGACCCCAACAAGGCCUUCAAGAGCGAAUGGGAGGCUCUGGAGAUCGUCGAACACAAGUGGGCUCUGGAGAACGUGGAAGAAGAACUCAUGUCCCGAGAUCUGGAUUUCCGGGGACUCUUUACGAGCCAGAACCGACCAGGAAGAAUAUUCUGAUCUCCGAGUUGUAACACCACUGCGCUAUACAAAUGUACACUGAAGGAUGGUAGUUAAUUCACUGUCAUGUUAUGCACUCAGACCUCACUGGAUAUCUUUAAUUGUUACUAAUGAUUGUUUUCCGUAGUGGAUAACAAUAGUGGACGAUUCGACUCAAUCGAAUGAAUCAUUGAGUGUUGGAGAAAAAAAAAAACAGCCUUUAAAAGUAUUUCAGCAUCUGAGAGCAGAAGGACAACGUGGCUCGUACUUGAAGAUUUUUUUUUUGUAGUGUUGCCAAAAAACGGUAGUACGAGUAUGAGAUCUUUGAUGUGUUCUCAUGCAUGCUAGUUUGAUGAUUGUAUAUUUGUGUAUGAAGGUACAUCGUACCUCAUCUCCAGUGUUGCCUUAAUUAUUUGAAGUAUUCUAUCUAUUAUCACUAUUUCAUGUGUUUUCAGUAUUUCAGUUAAUAUUAUCUUGUGUUCAUCAUCUAUCUAGUCUUAAUGAAAAACAUGGCAUAUGAAUGUUUCUCUGAUUUGGAAACUGAAUGUAGGAAAUAGCCUGAAUACCAAAUAAAUUAAAUUAAUAAAGACUGAACAGCA